GAGGAGAUGCGGGCCAUGCGCGCCACCUCGCGGCACGCGGCGGUGGGCCGCGCCCCGACCCGCGGCCCCGCCGGCGGGCCGCCCGCGGCCGCCCCCGCCGGCGGGCAGGCGGCGCCCGCAGAGGCCCCGGGCCGCAGCGGGCGCUCGCCGAGGCCGCCCAGCGACGACGAGGAGGAAGAGGACGAGGUCAUCGCGGAGGAGGACCCCGACAUCGGGGCGGGGCGCACGCUGUUCCCCAUGUCGUUCGGCAAGGUGGCGAAGGACAACACCCCCUCGCUGGAGGUCCACGACCGCACCGCGCGGAGGGACGCGAAGGCCCUGGCGGCGCCGGCGAAGGGCGCCGUGCAGUUCGGGUCCAGGGCCGCGGGGAGCCGCCGCGUGAGAGGCCCCGGCGCCCCGCAGGAGCCAGAGGCCGGCGGGCGAGGGGCGGGCGGCAUGGAGGUCGACGGCCCGCAGCCUCGGAGGGGCGAGGACGAGGAGGAUGAGGUGGAGGAGCCUGUGCCGAUCAGGGAGGGCGGAAACCUGCCGGUCACGCACGAGGUCGAGGUGCCAGUGCACGAGAAGGCCGUCACCGCUCUCUCUAUCGAUCCAAAGGGGUCGAGGAUGGCUGUUGGCAGCAUGGACGGCACGAUCAAGCUCUUCGACUUCGCCGGCAUGAACGAGGAGAUGCGUUCAUUUCGCAGCAUGGAGCCCGCCGAGGGGUACGGGGUGCAGUCUCUUGCUUUCAACAAGACGGGUGGCAUGAUUUUGGUGGUGUCUUCCGACUCCCACGCCAGGAUAUACGAUAGGGAUGGCUCCUCGAAGCCCAUCCAGUACACCGUCAAGGGGGACAUGUACGUCCGGGACAUGACCCACACGAAGGGCCACACGCAGAUGCUGACCUGUGGGGUCUGGCACCCGCUCAAUCCUGAGCAGUGGAUCACGUCGUCGUUGGACGGGACGCUUCGCAUCUGGGACCUCAACGCCACGCCCGUCGGUAUGGACCAGCUGCUGCCCUCGGUCCACGUGCUCAAGUGCCUCGACAAGCGGGGAGUCUGCAUCGGCGGCGCCUCGGGCAGGACAGGCGGGCUCCACCCGACCUGCUGCGCCUUCAACGCCGUAGACGGCAAGACGAUCGCGGGCGGCUGCACCGACGGCUCGGUGCAGUUGUUCUUCGAGAAGGCGCGGUACAUGAAGCCAGACAAGGUCCUGAGGACAGCGCACACGGCGGCGGUGAGCCACAUCACCUUCGCCGGCGAGCCCGGAGUCGGCAGCACCAUGGUGACGCGCUCGCUGGACGGCACGGUAAAGGUCUGGGAUUGCAGGAUGCUGUCGGACGCGAAAGGUCCACUCCACACAUUCGGGAACCUGCCGACCGAGCAGGAAAAGUCGGGAGUCUGCGUUUCCGCCGACGGGAAGCACCUGGUUGUUGGUACGUCUUCGAAGACCGUCGGAGGCUACUCCAGCUCCGUCCGUGUCUUCGACGCGAAGACGUUCGAUUCGGUACGGACCCUGGAUUUCGCGAAGCGGGCGCCUACACUGCUGGCGUGGCCUCGGGAGCAAAACCAGAUUUUCGUUGGCACCUCGGCUGGCAGUGUCUCUGUGUUGUACAACCCAGCGACCUCGAAAAAGGGUGCGAUGUAUUUUGUCGGGAAGAAAGUCAGGGCCAAAGAUUUGGGCCUCGCGGAGCAAGAGGGCAGGAUGGGUCCGAUCUUCAACAUGAGCGUUGGCGAGGACAUACAGAGGUUCUACGCUACGGGGCACGGCAACAUGACGAGGAUCCGGAACCAGGAGGCUCGCCAUAACCAGAAGACUGUGACGCCGUUGCGACCUCAAGAGACAGUAGGACCGAUCGGGAAGCAAACCGACUCGGCUAACUUCGCAGCAUUGGCUAUACAGGCGGGCGCGAAGCGCUUGAAUCUGAAGUCUGAGCGUAACAUUGAGGCGGACUCGCAAAAGGCACUGCUGAAAUACGCGGACAAGGCCAAAGCGUGGGGCCUGUUCGACAAGGCUUACGAGAAGUCCGGGGACAAGGUCUUGGAUUUCACGGAGGAGCAGUCAGAGGGCGACCAGCGCAUGCAGUUGGCCCUCAGUGGCGACUUCUGCAGGAAAUGUGGCCAGAAGGUAUGCAGAUGUACAGACUAUACUGUCAUCCCCAAGAAGCAAAGGACGAGCUAG